AUGGACUCCGAGGACGAAACAGAGAGCUCGAUAACAGCGAGCAGCUCGAAAUCGUCACCUCGCCGGGACACCGACAAAACACCAACAGCCCAUCGUGUCCCGCCGCCUCGGUCUCAAAGCGAGUCUCCAACGCCUCAGCGACGCCGCGUGGUGUCCACGCAGCAGCAGCCUCUCAUCGAUUUCUUCACGCGACUGGCUAAAUCCCGCCCGAAUUCACCUGCCCCUCCUCCACCACCUGCCCCGACACCUGUCCCAAGUACGCCUCCAGCAGUUACCCGUGCACCAAUCGCGGUCCAAGCACCUGCUCCCACACCAGCCGACGCACUCCCGUUCGCACCCCGAGCACGCCGAGUCCCAAUGGCAAUGCCAGCGAAGUUCAAUGGCUCGGGCGACAAUCCCGAAGAUUUCCUGCGUUCGUUCGAAGGAUGGUGCUUUAGCUGCGAGCAGCGUGCCGACGAUGAAAAGGCAGAGGCCUUUCCAUUGUGCCUCAAGAGUGGCAGUCCGGCCGACAUAUGGUACAAGGCCCAGCCUGCCGUGACCCGUGGCAGUUUCCGUGCCCUCCGCGCUGCAUUCCUCACGCGCUUCCCGGCACCCGAAGUUGCUGCGCGCUCACCCGAGGACGCGGAAGAAGAGCUAGAGAAGUUAGAACUGCCGCUCGAUCUGCUGGGCAAGAAGAUCUCAGAGGACGGUGUCGAUGUUUGGUCGCACGUCAAAUACGCGAACACGGCGAAGGCGCUCGCUCUCGAGGCUAAUAUUCUAAGCACCACGACGAACCUCACAACGUUGCGCCGAAAACUACCCGCACCCCUUGUCAACCUUCUCAACUACACUCAGCACACCACGCUCGAGCAGUUCUUCGCCGACAUUAAGAGGGUGAACACGCAGAAGCUGACUCGCGCUGCCGAGGAGGCUCGAUCGAACGAGCAGAGAGCCCGCAAAAACGACCAGAAACUCGCCGCGCUGGAGAAUCAGCUCGCGGCGCUCCGGAUGUCACAGCGCAGCCAAUCGCAACCCCAGUACCCCACUCAAGCUGCCAACUCGCGUCCGCCGUCAAACGCGUAUGCUCGCCAGCCUGCCACGUUUCCCAUGGGCCAGACUCAAGCCCCCAUCUUUCGCCGCCAGGCGAGCGCGCCAUCCACGGGCAGUGCGAGUGCCGGUGCCGUGCCUGUCGCAGAGCUUCCCAUGCCCACAGCGGCUCAGCGUGCCGUUCUUGCGGCGCUUAUCAAUGUCCCGGUGCCGAACGACACCCCACAGAACAUGGCGACGUACACCAAUGCAUUCCGGCAGGCGACCGCGCAGCUUCGUGGGCCGCGCGAUCUCACCUGGGAUACUCCGAUACCGUUCCGGCCGGGUACGGCGGCGCCGUGCUCCGCGGAGUGCUAUCGCUGUGGCACGCACGGGCACCGUGGACAAGGGUGUCAGAUUCCGAACGGGACGGAUUUGCGGCUGCCGGGGUACGAGUCCCGGUGGCGUGCAAUGUUGAACCGCGCCUUCCCGGAUGCGAACAAGGGCCGCACGAUAGAGAUACAUCUCGUCGAGUCUUGGGUCCUCUCGCGCACGGUGGCUGGGCGAGAGGACGUAGACGUGUUUCCAGGCCCCACAGAAUGUGAUCCGUCUUGUGUACCGCAGCAUGUACUCGCUGUUGACAAUGAAGUUUUUGAUCUUUAUUCUGUGGAUGAGAACAUCGUAAAGAAAGAACCUGAUGCGCUCCCUUUCGUACAGACUGUUGGCCUCGUCAGUGCAACCGGCGAAAUCUCGCGUGUUCGAGGACUCUUCGACGACGGUGCCCGCAUCAGCAUCCUAUCCUCCGCGGUUUUCGACAUCGUCAAACAUCGUCUUACGGAAUGGUCGACUUCCUUCCGGACUCUCCGCAUGGCCAAUGGCGAGCUUGUACCAUCGCGUGCAAACUGGCAUGGCACUAUUGAGAUCGGCGGCGUUCGGACGACAGGCGAGUUCGAAGUAUUUGACAGCAAAGGCUCCUGGAGCUUCUUAGUUGGGAAACCACUGCUACGUGCUUUCCGCGCUAUUCAUGAUUACACACCUGACACGGUGUUAAUCACAGGUGAUGAUGGCCGUUCAGUCACAUUGCAUAACAAGUUGCUGGAAGGUGCGCACCGCACUUCAGAUGAUCUCCAGACUCUCGUCGUGGAUUGGAAAGAGGGCCGCCCGCACUCUAUCAGGCUCGUGCAGGAGGAUAGCGCCCAGUCGGCCACGGAUGUUGCAUCACCCGUUUCACGGACUACCGUGACCGCACCGAGCAUGCUGCAGAGGCCGCAACCUCUAGACGUCUCGACGAACGUGUUUGCUGUGUCCGAAUCGGGCAUAUACACGCGUCGGUCGGCCCCGCAUAACCCUGCACGGGUCGCCGCCAUAUUGCAGGCGGUGACGAUCGGCUCAGAUCUUACACCUGAACAGCAUGCACGCGCCGAGCAGCUCAUCGCAGACCACGCCGACUGUUUCGCUCUAAACGUAACUGAGGUGUUGCCUGCAAAGGAUGCUGUACAUCGCUUGCACAUCCCUGAGGGCACAACUUUCAGUACGAAAGUACGCCAGCAGUCCAUGAACCCACCGAAGCGCCAGUACAUGGCGAAGACUAUCGACGACCUCUUAGCUGCUGAUGUCAUUGAACGUGUUGACCCUUCCCAGGUCAAGUGCGUUUCGCCAGUUACCUUGGCCCAGAAGGCGCACGACGGUGUCGGGCUAUCCAUUGAGGAAUUGCAAGAUCUUGUCAACGAGCAGUGCGUCGCAAACGGCAUGGAACCGUACUUCGACGAGCGGGGUGCUGUUGAAUUCCGGGAAGCUCGACGUAGCAACACCACCACUCCGUCGGGCGAGCGGAAAUGGCGCAUGUGUAUCAACUACGACGAGUUGAACAAGGCAACUCAGGUUCCACCCAUGCCACAAGGGGACAUCCGUGCAAAACAGCAACGAUUAAGUGGGCAGCGUUAUGUGAGCACCUGGGAUUUUGCUUCUGGAUUCUAUGCUGUUGAGAUUGCAGAAGAAUCGCGACCGUAUACAGCCUUCUACGUCGAGGGUCGCGGCUUUUUCUGGUUCAAACGAAUGCCUUUCGGUUUGACUGGUGCACCAACAACUUUCGCAGACGUUACGGCCCGCCACAUGCACGAUCUCAUUGAGGCAGGCAUCAUGGAGCUCUUUGUCGACGACGGAGGUGCAUGUGGUGACGACUUCGACACGAUGCUUGGGAAGCUAGAACAAGUCUUGCAACGUGUUCGCGAACGCCACUUAUCCUUAUCCGCACCGAAAUUCUUUUGCUUCAUGCGCAACUCGAAGUUCUCGGGCGCGCGAGUUGGUCGCGACGGCGUACUUCCCGACCUGGCAAAACUGACUGCCAUUGUUGAAUGGCCUGUUCCGGCGACGGCCUUCAACCUGGCAUCGUUCCUCGGCCUCACCGGCCACUUCCGCGACUUGAUCCGGGACUACGCCCGAAUCGAGGGACCCCUGCGGGAUCUUCUUGCUAUGGUCGACCUGCCGGUGCCCUACACGGAGAGUAUCUACAAGCGUGUCAUGACCGCACAUCUGCUCGCGCCGCACUGGACAGAUAAGCAUACCGAAGCAUUCUUACGACUGAAGGGCAUCCUCACCUCCGAACCUGUCCUGCGAGCACCGCGCUGGGAUGGCACACCAUUCAUCGUGACAACUGACGGGUGCAAGGAGGGUUUCGCAGGUGUUUUGACACAGCGGCAUGCAACUACGCUCGCAAACGGCAAGGUCGUCACACGCCUGCACCCUAUCGCCUUUGCGUCAAAGCGAACAUCCCGAUCCGAAGCUAAGUACCCCCCUUUCUUGCUUGAACUUGCCGCACUCAAGUUCACGCUAGACAAGUUUUCGGACAUCAUAUGGGGAUUCCCCAUCGAGCUAGAGACCGACUGCCAAGCACUCCGAGACGUGAUCCGCAGCAAAAAGCUGAACGCACACUACGCCCGGUGGCGGGAUGGUGUCCUGGCUUAUCGCAUUGUUGACGUCCGACACAUUCCCGGCAAGAUCAACCUCGUCGCGGACGGCAUGAGCCGCCAAUUUGAGAACCAGCCUCGCAUCGCGGGAGAUGGCAGCGAAUGGGACGUGUGCGAGGACUGGGAGUCAGCCACGGGCCUCGCGUUCGACGUUUUUAGGGUCGAAGACAGCCCGCCGGAACCGCUGCCCGUUCGAGAACCACAAUUGCGCGACCGCUUCAAGGACGAUUGGUUCUUCCUCGACGUCGUGGAUGCCAUCCUCAGCCAGCAACAUCUCUCCACGUCCAACCCCCGCGAGAAAGCGCGCGCACGCCAUCGCGCCUCCCAGUACUUCCUCGAAGAUGGCAAAUUGUGGCGGCUGCGCGGGAGCACAGCCGUGCGUGCACGGUCGAAGGUCGAGUGCGUCACACGUGCGGAAGCCCGUGAGCUUGCGGCCAUGCAACACGCGGACGGCGGUCAUUGGGGCCGCGACGCGGUUAAGAUGGCGCUCCUCGACAGGAUCGUCUGCCCGAAACUGGACGAUAUCAUCCUGGAGGCUAUUCAGGACUGCCCGCAGUGUAAAGCUUUCGGACCGGCUCACCUCAACUCGCUGCUGGACCCCAUCACUCGUCGCACACCAUUCGAGCUGCUUGUUGGCGACUACCUGACCCUUCCUGUCGGAAAGGGUGGUCACAAAACGUUAGGUGUUUACGUUGACGUCUUCUCGCAACAUGUCUACGUUGACAAGUUUAGGGUCGCGGGCAGCGGUACAACGACCAACAAGACCCUCAAGCGCAUUUUCGACACGUAUCAGCCGUACGGAACGUUCAUGACUGAUGGUGGCAGUCACUUCGACAAUGAACGCGUCCGUGAGUUCUGCGCAUCGCGCGGAUGCCGAGCUAAGGUCAUUGCAGCAUAUUCACCGUGGAUCAACGGGUUGUGCGAGAAUACGAACAAGCUACUGCUCCAUGUUCUCAAGCACCUCUGUGCACCUGCUCUAGGCGAAGAUGAUUACGUCGAGGGCUCGUGGGACGAGCUUCCAACGAAGUGGCCGGAUUACCUCGAUGAAGCGGUCAACAUUCUGAACAAUCGCAUCCUUCCGCGCAUAGGCUUUACCCCACGCGAGCUCCUGCUUGGUCUCGUUGUCAAUGCUAAGUCGUCCCCCAACUCGUCAGAGGCCUCCGUAGCACCAUCCGCUGACGAGAUCGCCAUGCACCAGGCGUAUGCGGAACAGCAACGUUUUGAUGCAAGCGAUGCCGUCCUGCGUAAUGCGCUGCGACGCAAGGCCGAAUUCGACCGGCGCGUCGAGCGCGAUGGCGGGGCCAGAUCGUUCCAUCGCGGCCAGCUGGUGCAAUACCGCCGCAACGAUCUCGAGUUCACCUUAUCGGCGGACCGGAAGCUCCUCGCGUUCUGGUCAGAACCGUAUCGGGUGCGCGAAUGCGCGCCAAACUCGUACACGCUGGAGGAUCGUGCGGGAACGGUGCUCAAGGGUCGUUUUAGCGCCCGCAGGCUGCGCGAAUUCACGCCGCGUGCAGGCACGAAACUUGCAUCAGAGCAGACUAAAUUCAUGCAGGCGUUGAAAGAAAAGGACGGCGCGGACGCAACUGACGUAGGGGUGGGUCGGACCGCACAAGCGAGAGCAGGAGGAGAGAGAGAGGAUGGGAAUCGGGAAGGGGAUGAGGAGCACACGGACGAGAGCGAGGGCGAACACGAUUGGGAGGCACUAAGGGAGGUGGAGCGGCGGUUGACUAUGGGAGGAGAUGGCAACGAUGAUGAUGAUGCGGGCGGAGCAGAGGAUGAGGGCGAGGCGAGAGAAAGUGGGACGAAUGGCGAUGAUGGUACGGCACCAUGGGAGGGUCGACUCAGGAAGAGGAAGCGUGUAUCGUGA